CUCAAAGUUGUUCAUACUUUUCUUUCUAUUAACGAUCCAUUGAUUACAUAAUAUCAUGGCAACGGUAAAGAAAACAUACCCAUUCUAUUUUGGUGGAACUGCUUCUUGCGUUGCUGCCAUCGUUGUUCAUCCAUUUGAUUUAACUAAAGUUCGACUUCAAACUACGAAAGGUAAUCUGAAGCUAGGCAUGUUCUCAACAAUGGUCAAGAUUGCCAAAAAUGAGGGAUUUUUUAGACUUUAUGCAGGCUUAUCUGCAUCUAUACUUAGACAAGCUACUUAUUCAACUGUUCGUUUUGGCGUCUAUGAAAAAUUAAAAGAUUUUAUUACUUCUACCACUCAUCAAAAAGCCAGCCUUGGUCAGUUAUUAAUUUGUUCCAGUAUUGCUGGUGCUUUAGGAGGAGCAUGUGGUAACCCUGGAGAUGUAAUCAAUGUUCGUAUGCAGAAUGAUGGUCAACUACCUUAUGAACAACGUCGUAACUACAAACAUGCUAUUGAUGGUGUUAUUCGUAUCACAAAAGAAGAGGGAGUUUCAGCAUUAUUUCGUGGCGUAGGUCCUAAUAUGAAUAGAGCCAUCUUAAUGACUUCCUCGCAAUGUGUCUCUUAUGAUAUGUUUAAGCAUAUUUUACUAAAACACACUUCGAUGGAGGAUGGUGUUCCUAUUCAUUUAGCAUCUAGUAUACUUGCUGGACUUGUGGCUACCACUGUAUGUUCUCCUGUUGAUGUCAUUAAAACCCGUAUUAUGUCUGCAACAGCUUCUGCUGACCAUAGUAAUAGUAGAAUGUCAUCUAUAACAAUAAUGAAACAAAUGUUUAAAGCAGAAGGUAUCUCUUCAUUCUUUAAAGGUUGGACUCCAGCAUUUAUUCGUUUAGGUCCUCAAACAAUCAUUACGUUUGUUGUUCUUGAGCGAUUUAAAUUAUAUUAUGAUUUACUUCAAGAUAAAAAAUCAAAUAAUAAUACCUCUACUACAACUACAACUACUGCAGUUGCUGCUCCUCAAGUCUAAUUUAUUUUACAUUUCACUAUAUGUGGCUUCUUUUUUUUUUUCUUUACAAUUUU